AUGAUACUGAGGAGUAUUCGCGGCCGAGUCCCGGGCCAGUUGGGCCGAGUCCCGGGCCACUUGGGCCGAGUCUCGGGCCAGUUGCCCAUGUCAAAGAAUGGAGGUGGUUACAUGGUGACUCGAGCUGCUGCGUCUUUUAUGCAAGAAGAUUGUGAGGAAUCUAACUGCAGUCCCGUGGAUGCCGAAUAUGCGCGUGUUGAUUGGGACAAUCUCGGGUUCGGUUUGAUGCAAACAGAUUAUAUGUAUAUGACGAAAUGCGAAAGAGGCGAGCCGUUUGAGAAAGGGCGGCUAAGCCGUUAUGGCAACAUAGAGCUCAGCCCUUCUGCUGGAGUCUUGAACUAUGGGCAGGGACUUUUUGAAGGCACGAAAGCAUGCAGGAGAGAAAAUGGAGGUAUUUACCUAUUUCGGCCUCGAGAAAAUGCUAUCCGCAUGCAAUGUGGUGCCCGCAGAAUGUGCAUGCCUUCUCCUUCUCUUCACCAAUUCCUCGAUGCUGUCACACAAACUGCACUUGCCAACACCCGCUGGAUCCCUCCUCCGGGGAAAGGGUCGUUGUACAUUAGGCCUUUGCUCAUAGGAAGUGGACCUGUGCUGGGUUUGGCACCGGCUUCUGAGUACACAUUUUUAGUGUACGCUUCUCCUGUUGGCAAUUAUUUUAAGAGAGGAACGGCACCCCUCAACUUGUACGUUGAAGAUGAAUUUCACAGAGCCACCAAUGGAGGUGCUGGAGGUGUCAAGAGCAUUACUAACUAUGCCCCCGUCUUGAAAGCCAUAAGUCGAGCGAGGGAGAGAGGGUUCUCGGAUGUCUUGUACUUGGAUUCUGUGAAUAAAAGAAACAUUGAAGAGGUCUCGUCUUGUAACAUCUUCGUACUCAAGGGCAAUGUUCUUUCGACUCCAGCACCCAACGGUACUAUUCUCGAAGGAGUCACGCGUAAAAGCAUCAUGGACAUUGCGCGUUUUCUGGGUUACAAGGUCGAAGAGCGUUGUAUCCCAAUUGAAGAAUUGAGUGAUGCAGACGAAGUCUUCUGCACCGGGACAGCUGUUGGGGUUAUCCCUGUGGGAAGUAUCACUUACAAGGGCAACAGGAUCGAGUAUAAGACGAGCGGCCAACUUGUGUCGAAAAAGCUCUAUUCGGAACUUUUGGAAAUCCAAAGUGGGACUACUGAGGAUAGAUGGGGAUGGAUUGUCAAGAUUGACUGA